GCGCCGCAGAGGCCGAGACGCAGGCGGAGAUGGCGCCCGCCGCGUCCAAGGGGCGUGCGGAGCCCGCGGUGGUCCGGGCGUUUCCGCGGCGCGCGCUCGCCCGCUACCUGCUGCUGCUGCGGCUGUACCCGGCGCUCACCAAGGCCGCCACCAGUGGCAUUUUAUCAGCACUUGGGAACCUCCUGGCCCAGAUGAUUAAGAAGAGGCAGAAGAAAGAAGACUCGGAAAGCAUAGAUGCCCGUGGGCCUCUGAGAUACGCAGCCUACGGGUUCUUCAUCACAGGCCCCCUGAGCCACUACUUCUACCUCUUCCUGGAGCACUGGGUCCCUCCUGAUGUUCCCUUGGCUGCCGCUAAGAGGCUGCUCCUGGACCGCCUGCUCUUUGCCCCCGCCUUCCAGCUACUGUUCUUCCUCACCAUGAACCUGCUCGAGGGGAAGGACACUGCAGCCCUUGUCGCCAGGGUGAGGAGCGGCUUCUGGCCCGCCCUGCGGAUGAACUGGCGUGUGUGGACCCCAGUGCAGUUCAUCAACAUCAACUACGUGCCCCUGCAGCUGCAGAGCCACUGCCAUCCAUGCAGUCCGCAGAUUCAGCUCAGAAUCGGCACCAGGGACGCCCGUGGCUUAGUGUUAGCCGGGCUUCCUGGUUCGCCAGGCUCAGGAGCCCACUGAGCCGCAGACAUAGCCACGCUUCAGCUGUGCACAAGUGGCCCUUUUGGAGAACCUGUAGUCUUCAGGGGCUGCUGCCCACUGAAAAAGGGUGGCACAGCUGGAUUUUCUGGGCUGGUAGGGAUGCAGGACAGCUGGAUCCAGGGACCUGCUGUCACUACUCCCAGCCUGCCAGUACCCAUGAGGGCUCCAGAUUUCGAGGGUUCAGGGUGCAGCACAUGCAGGCAGGACUCUGCUGGGUCUGAGCAACCCAUACCCGUUCUAGCACGGGGCCCCCUUUAGUCUCACUGGGAGCUGGACACGAGGUACCUUGUCCAAACCUAGAGAGCAGGUCAGGGGAGGGAAGGGUCCUCAUAAUGCCUGGGUACCCAGCCUGGGGCUGUGCUGCAGCCCUGUCAGGGAGGUGGGCCAGGGCUGCUCAGGAACCUGUUUUCUGUACCCGGCUGAACAGUACGUAUUAGGGAGCCAUGUGUGGUGGCACAUGUCUGUCAUGCCAGCAGCACUCGGGCAGCUGGAGGACUGUGACUUGCAGGACAGCCUAGGCUUUCUCACAGUAGAGGUAGAGAGAAACAGGAGUCAGGUGGCUGGAGGCUGGGGCAGCGUGGCCACGCCUCACCACAGGUGUGCUGCCUGCGGAUGCGCGGGGUUCAUGAGCAUCCAGGGCAAGGCAGUGGGGCUCCUCCAGGCCCGCAGACUGGUGCCUUCACAGGUCUCCGUAUGCAGGCAGUUGCCUGGUGGCUUCUGGCGUGGAGAUGGAGAGGAGCUUCGCUUGCUGCCGUGCCGUCCCUGGCACCUCCAGUCAGAGGUUUAGCUCAGUUCCAAAGGGCUCAGCCCAUAGUUGCUGGCCACAGGGCAGGAAUGUGCCAUGUUUGUUUGUUUGGUUGGUUGGUUUUUGUUUGUUUGUUUU